AUGGCGGCGGCGGUAGCGGCGGCGGGGCCCGGACCCGGACCGGGACCGGGCGAGCGGCAGCGGCGGGUGCAGGCGCUGAGCGCGGCACUGCGCUGUCGCCUCGGGCCCUACGAGCCGCUGCUGGGCGCCGUGCAGGCCGCGCUGGUGUGGGAGCGGCCGGGCCGCAGCGCGCUGUGCUGGGUGGUGGUGCACGGCCUGUUCUGGUUCUUUGCUCUGACUUCCCUUCGUUUGCUGUUCCUGAUUGCAUUUACCCUCAUAGUAGUAGUGUGUCUAGAUCAGUGGAAGCACAAAAUCUGGCCAGAAAUUGGUGUGGCAAGACCUGAUGAAUUAGACAAUGAGAGCUGGGGAUAUGUCCACCCUCGGCUGCUCGGAGUGCCAGAGCUCUGUCAUCAUUUGGCUGAAGGAUGGGUGACUCUGACCAACUUCUUAAGUAACCUCUUCAUUUUCAAGAGGCAAAGUCCUGGCAAGUUUUGCCUUCUAGUGUGUGGAGUGUUCACUUUCCUGGCUGUCCUAGGCCGGUAUAUCCCUGGGCUCUUGCUCUCAUACUUGCUGUUGCUCUUGGUCCUGCUGUGGCCCCUGGCCGUGUACCACAGGCUGGGGCAGCGCGUGUACCUGCGGCUGGAGCCCGUGCUGCAGCGGCUGGACUUCAGCGUCCGCGGAUACAUGAUAGCCAGGCAGCGCGAGAGGCAACUGCGUGCCCGGGCCCUUGGUCAGGAAGCCACGGAUGAUGGGAGUGACAGUGAAGAGGAGCUGGCUGCAUUCUGCCCCAAGCUGGAUGAUUCUGUAGUUGCCAAGGAACUGACCAUCUCUGACUCGGAGCAUUCAGAUGCUGAGGUUUCCUAUACUGAAAAUGGGAUGUUUAACCUUUCAAGGGGCCAGACACCUCUGACAGAAGGAUCAGAAGACCUGGAUGGUCACAGUGACCCAGAAGAAUCUUUUGCCAGAGAUCUCCCUGACUUCCCUUCCAUAAACCCAGAAGCAACCGGCAUAGAGGAUGAGGAUGACACCAGCAUUGGGAUCCCGAGCCUGGCGUACCGCCCACAAGGGACAGAGGAUUUGCAGUUCCCAUAUGAGCAGGAGGAAUUUAGCACAUUGCCAUCAGUGCAGAAUCUCACCAACAACAUCACUGGCUUUGUCACCAGGGGCAUGAUCCAGCUGGCACUGUCAGGAGCCCCUCAGCCAGGCUUCUCACGCAGCACCAAUCCCCCGAGAGGGGCAAAGACUCAGCUCAGAGCAGCCAGUUUGGACUUGGACACUGAUGCUGAAGGGGAUGACUUUGAACUGCUGGAUCAGUCCGAGCUGAACCAGCUGGAUCCCGCUGGCUCCCGGGGCCAGUAAACCAUCCUGUCACUUCCCUCUGGUUUUCUCUUGCACAUCAUGGAGGGAAUCCUAGAAGGAAAAGCCUUGCACAGUUCUCUCAAUUGUCUCCUGUGAGUCCAAGUGAUGUGACAGCCAUCACUGGCUGGGUACACCACUGUGACUUGUGACUCUGUAGCCUCGCUUGGAUUUUAAAAUAAAGGACACUGGCAAUCUCUA